UCUGCAGGUUCCCUCUUAACGCUGUUUCAGUCAGCUGUGAGAUUAGUCCGUUCACUCAGCGUGCUGCCUGACUGCACCGAGAGCCGAGCAGACGUCUGAGCCGCUGCACAGAGCGAACAUGAAUGAUAACAGCCAGGAUGUGGAGCUGCUGCAGCAGAUAGAGAGGGAGGUGAGAAUGCGUGAGGGGGCCAGUAAGCUGCUGGCAGCUUGCUCCCAGAGAGAGCAGGCCCUGGAGGCCUCCAAGAGCCUGCUGACCUGCAAUGCUCGCAUCCUGGCCCUGCUGAGCCAACUGCAGAAGAUGAGGAAAGCACAAAUCCUGCAGAGAGUGGGGCGCAGACCAUCUGAAGAUGGAGAGCCAUGUACAGGAAAAGUAGCACUGUCAGACCUGCGCAUCCCCCUCAUGUGGAAAGACUCUGAGUACUUCAAAAACAAAGGCGAGCUCCAUCGCUGUGCUGUGUUCUGCCUGCUUCAGUGUGGAACCGAGAUCCAGGACACCGACCUGGUGAUGGUCGACAGGACGUUAACUGACAUCUGCUUUGAUGACACCAUUGUUUUCAACAACGUAGCUCCAGGGUUUCAGCUUCGAGUUGAGCUCUACAGCAGUUGUGUGGUCGAGGAUUUCUCCCCGACGGUUCUGGGGUCCAGGAAAGCCAGCCUUCUUGGGGGCUCUCUGGGACGCUCCUCUGGGAAAAAGAUCCGUGCCGCGUUCGAGUCUGCAGCUUUUUGUGGAUCCAUUCCCGCUGGAGGAGGAGAAAAACCUGGAAGCAUGUCGUCAGCUUUAUCGCCUGACCUGUCUGCACUGGGGGCGAAGUAUAACCUGCUGGCUCACACAACACUGACAAUUAAACACGUCCAGGAAGGUUUCAAGACGCAUGAUUUGUCGCUUUCAGCAACAGAGGAUAGUCCGCACUGGUUGCCUCUGUAUGGAAGCAUGUGCUGUCGACUAGCUGCUCAGCCUCAGUGCAUGAUCCAACCAGUGAUAAGUGGACAAAUCAAAGUCAAGCUUGCAGAGGAUUUCAGUUAUUGGGAGGAUGUUUACGGUGUCCUCAGGAGACAAACUCUUCUCUGUUAUCAAAGUGAAGAAGAUCUGGAGUCUGAGGAGGAGCCAUUGCUUGUGAUCCCCAUCAGAAAGGAUACCCUCGUCUGUGUGUCUGAGAGCGAUCCUGUCCAGUGUCACAUUAUAUGCAUCAGUACGCAGCGUCAAGGGGAUGAUGUAGCCUACACACUCGCCACACACACCCCUGAAGACAUCCAGCGCUGGGAGGAGGCCCUGCGGCAGCACGUCUAUAACAUGAGUCAGUGGAAACAGUGUUGUGAUAACCUCAUGAAGAUUGAUACGCCAAGCAGCAGGAAAUCCAUCAUGGUGAAGCAGGGAUCUCUAUUCCAUGAAAUAGUGACACCCUCACCUCCCAGAGAGGGGCCUGAGGUUCCAGAUUUAUCUUUUGAGACUCGUUCUUUGCUCUCCUCUUACUACAAGGAAAGUUAUUGAUGACCCUGCCACUGCUAAUCCAGAGAUGUGAGAAAGUGUUAUUCUGUCAGCUUUGUGGUUACCAUGCCUGGUCAAGGAAACGGACAUGGACAUGAUGAAUGGUGCUGUUUGAAAACCUGCAGAGGACACCACAUUUACUGUACCACAUGGACUGUUUUCAUUCUUCUCCUUAACUGUUUAUCCAACCAGCAUUACUAGUAAAAAAAAAAAACAAAAGAGUGAAAAGUAAGAAAUGUGAGCUUGCUAUCUCAAGAAAAGAAAUGAUUGGAAUGUUCUAUUAAAUGUAGAAUAAGUGCAACGUUACAUGUAGCUGUUAAGAGACAGAAUUUUCCAAGUGGCUUCUAAAAAAGUAUUUUAUUUACCUUAAUCACCUUAUCUUUACCGCUGCACCGCCCGGUGUUUAAAAAGAAUCCACAAACUAUUCUGUCUCUAAUGUGAGACUCACAAAAACAAAGUGUCUCACAUAUGUAAAAUAAAUCUAAUAAUUGAACUUGAUUGAUGCAUCAUUACAGGGGCUGUACCUAAGCAAAAACUAAAUCCAACUCAUUCGUAUUUUCAGCUACUUAUUGUAAUGUCAUAACACAUACAGCAGUUACACUUUCGUUUAUGCCGCAUUCAACUGUUGUUGGCCCUUACCCCCACUGAAUUCUUAUUCUCAUAAAAGCAAUCUAGCUUGCUUGCACGUAUAUGUUGAGUCAGAAGCCAAAUAGUUCCAGUAGAAAAUCUUGUCUAGCAUAAGCUGACAGUUCCCCUUACAGUAACCACUGGCUUCAUAGACAUGGCCAUCUGGUGGGAACACUUCUUGGAAAUCAUUCCAAUGUUAUGCGGUAUGCACAGUGCCGUGAAAAAGCAGAAACCUUCAAUUUUUGCAAAUUUCUCACACUUAAAUAGUCCAGAUGACCAAAAUAAUUUGCAUAUUUUGUUAAUAUUAGACAAAGAUCACGCACAAAUUACAAAAUGCAGUUUUUAAAAGAUGAUUUUUUCAAAAUUUAUUGAAAACUCAUAUCACCCCUGUGAAAAAGUAACUGCCCAUCUAUAUCUAAUAAAUGCUUGGACCACCCUUGACAACUUGGCGAUAGCUUAAAAUCAGUCCUUUACAGUACAUCACCAUGGAGGGAUUUUGACCCACUGUUCUCUACAGAAUAAUUUUAAUUCAGUCACAGUGGAUGGUAAAUCAUGACAUCAGUACAGGAGAAGAAAUUUUAUAUAACUUGCUUCUUUAAGUUGCAUUAAGGCCUAAAGUUAUGCAACAAUAAAGACAUGGUUGCUUUGAGUGAGAGAGGGAUGUUAUCAAAGGACAGUCCAUGACCCACAGUGUUUACCUCUCUACCCAUAGAUGGGACUUAGAAGGACUCAGGCACUGUCAAGAUGGCGAGAGCCGGAGUCACAGUACCUGAGCCUUAAAACAGUUCUUCAGGAAAAUUAGUGGUGGCGUCACACAGGGUCCAUCCAUCUACAGUCUAUGGGCAACACAUGGGUACAUUUUUACUCCUGGAAACAGAUGGAAACAAGACAAACUGGGGACUGAACCAUGCAGCCAAAACAAAACAAAUGAGCUAAAGAUUUUCUGUAGUUUCGGCACAAGGUUGCAACCAGUUCACUAGUGAUGUUGAUUGUCAUUUUUUUUAUAUAAAUGGAGUCAUGAACGAUACUUAGUUUCAGAUCUAGUAAGUAAUGUUCAGUAGUCACUGUGACUACAAAAUGAGAUUUUUUUAAAAAGUAGAAAUAAAUCAUGAAAUAAACCUAUCAAAAGUAUUUUCUCAGACAGUCAUUUCUGAGCUCGACAUUAUCAGCAGUAGUCUUGGCUGUUUGACAGAUGAUUCAGGCCUUGCUGAGUUCUGCAGUAAAGACGUCUAUUUACAGACUAUUUAGACUCGUUUUCACAUGCCAUAAUUUUAUUUCCUUCGCAGCAAAAUGCGUCACACAAAUCUUCAGACACUCCUGCAGGUUGAAUUUGGUGAACGACAAAAUAUUUUAGGGCUGAUUAAGACGCACAACAAACUUAAAGACACUCACUGGCAUAUAGCAACAUGUUGAUGUAACCAUAGAUACUCAAGACAUUUAAACAGAAUAUGUGAUCUUGUGGACACGCAACUGUCUUAAAUAUGACACAACUCCUGCUUUUUAUUUAGUCUUACAGUAUGUUCAUGUUCACAAUACAUACACAUUUAUUUGGACCUAUCUCUGCUUGUACAAAACAUUUGAGCAACAUAAAAUUAACAUCAAAAGUAUUACUUGAUGCACAUGGACACAGGUCCUGUUCAUACUCCCCUAAUGUAACAACAUAUGUUUUAUAUUUGUUUGUUUUGAUUCUGGCUAAAAAAAUCAUGGUAGCAUAACAAGAACUGUUCUUGUCACCAGCUACUAAGCUCUUCUGUAAAUUUAUAUCAUGUUUCAGAAGUAUACCAUCAGUCCAGUCACAUGUGUUUUUUUCUGAUUACAGGACAUACUGUUCCCCUUGGACUUAACCACUAUUAACAUCUAGAUCAAAGUCAAGCAUUGCAAAGGGAGUUUUUGGCGCUAUAAAUGAAACGUGCUUUCUUCCUCUGUGUCAGAGAGACAACUUCACUCAGAGGUCAGAGGAAGUGGUACCUCUGCGUAGGUCUGGCAAAUGUUGUGGCGGCGUACACGGCAUAUACGACACGCCACACAUCACACCACUGCUUUGUAUUAGUGUACAAACACAAACAUCCUGCUCUUAAACAUCUUGUUUACAUGCCGUAAAUAACAGAAUUGAAUUCUUAGUCAUUCUCUGUUUGAUUCUCUGAACACACUAUCAACUUCCUGAGCAGCGCCCUAACAAACAUUUAGAUAUUUAUCUGCUGCAGCUGCACUGUUCUCUACAGAAUAAUUUUAAUUCAGUCACAGUGGAUGGUUUUCGAUCAUGAACUUUCCUUUUAAGGUCUUACCUCACCAUCUUGAUUGGAUUCAAGUCUGGAUUUUGACAUGGCGACUCCAAAAACUUAAUUUUGUUCUUGAGCCCCUCAGAGAUGGACUUGCUUGUGUGCUUUGGGGAUUGUCAUGCUGAAUAAUGUAUGUUGAACCUUAGGUCAUGAACUGAUGGUGGAUAUUCUCCAGGAGGAUUUUCUGAUAGAGAGCAGAAUUCAUGGUUCCAUCAGUUAUGACAAGUCGCCCAGUCGCCUAGAAGAAAAGCAGCUCCAAACCAUCUCACCACUACCACCACCAUGUUUCACCAUCAUGUUCUUCUUGUGGAAUGUAGUUUUAGCUUUACACCAGAUGUACUGGGACCUGUGUCUUCCAAAAAGUUCCACCUGUGAUUCAUCAGUCCACAGGAUGUUAUUCCAAAAGUCUUGGGGCUCAUCUAGAUAUGUUUUUGCAAACACCGGAUGAAUCUUUAUGUCCUUUUUGGUUCAUCACUGUUCAGCAUUUUCUAUAUGUGGAGAAUGUUUCUCACUGUGGUUCUUUGGAGUCCCAGAGCCUCAACAAUGUCUGAUAAAUGUCAGUGACUUUGUUUCUCAUCUGUUCAUGAAUCAUCAUGAGCUGCUUUUUGACACCCUUUGAGCUACGUCACGAUACCAGACAGGUUCUAUUUAGUGAUGUUUAAAAAGAAUCCACAGACUAUUCUGUCUCUAAUGUGAGAGUCACAAAAACAAAGUGUCUCACAUAUGUAAAAUAAAUCUAAUAAUUGAAAUUGGUUGAUGCAUCAUUUCAUACGGGGGCUGUAACUAAGCAAAAACUAAAUCCAACUCAUUUGUAUUUUCAGCUUCUUAUUGUAAUGUCGUAACACAUACAGCAGUUAUACUUUCGUUUAUGCCGCAUUCAACUGUUGUUGGCCCUUACCCCCACUGAAUUCUCAUUCUCAUCAAUCAAUCUAGCUUGCUUGCACAUAUAUGUUGAGUCAGAAGCCAAAUAGUUCCAGUAGAAAAUCUUGUUUAGCAUAAGCUGACAGUUUCACUUACAGUAACCACUAGUUUCAUGUUCUUCUGGUGGAAUGUAGUUUUAGCUUUACACCAGAUGUACUGGGACCUGUGUCUUCCAAAAAGUUCCACCUGUGAUUCAUCAGUCCACAGGAUGUUAUUCCAAAAGUCUUGGGGCUCAUCUAGAUAUGAUUUUGCAAACACCGGAUGAAUCUUUGUCUUUUUUGGUCAGCUGUGGUUUGUGCCUCUCCCAUGGAUGUCAUUUUCUCCCAGCGUCUUCCUUAUUGUGGAAUCAUGUAGACGGACCUUAACUGAGGCCAGUUAGGCCUGCAGAUCUUUUAAUGUUCACCUGGGUUCUUUUGUGACCUAAUCUUGGAUUAUAUAUUGACAUGCUCUUGGAGAAAUGUUGGUCAGCCUGUCACUAAUGGAAAAAUUCAUCACUGUUCAGCAUUUUCUAUAUGUGGAGAAUGUUUCUCACUGUGGUUCUUUGGAGUCCCAGAGCCUCAACAAUGUCUGAUAAAUGUCAGUGACUUUGUUUCUCAUCUGUUCAUGAACUUCUUCAGAACGCGGCAUCAUGAGCUGCUGUUUGACACCCUUUGAGCUACUUCACGAUACCAGACAGGUUCCAUUUAGUGAUGUUUAAAAAGAAUCCACAGACUAUUCUGUCCCUAAUGUGAGAGUCACAAAAACAAAGUGUCUCACAUAUGUAAAAUAAAUCUAAUAAUUCAAAUUGGUUGAUGCAUCAUUACAGGGGCUGUAACUAAGCAAAAACUAAAUUCAACUCAUUUGUAUUUUCAGCUUCUUAUUGUAAUGUCGUAACACAUACAGCAGUUAUACUUUUGUUUAUGCCGUAUUCAACUGUUGUUGGCCCUUACCCCCACUGAAUUCUCAUUCUCAUCAAUCAAUCUAGCUUGCUUGCACAUAUAGGUUGAGUCAGAAGCCAAAUAGUUCCAGUAGAAAAUCUUGUUUAGCAUAAGCUGACAGUUUCACUUACAGUAACGACUAGUUUCAUGUUCUUCUGGUGGAAUGUAGUUUUAGCUUUACACCAGAUGUACUGGGACCUGUGUCUUUCAAAAAGUUCCACCUGUGAUUCAUCAGUCCACAGGAUGUUAUUCCAAAAGUCUUGGGGCUCAUCUAGAUAUGAUUUUGCAAACACCGGAUGAAUCUUUAUGUCCUUUUUGGUCAGCUGUGGUUUGUGCCUCUCCCAUGGAUGUCAUUUUCUCCCAGCGUCUUCCUUAUUGUGGAAUCAUGUAGACGGACCUUAACUGAGGCCAGUUAGGCCUGCAGAUCUUUUGAUGUUCGCCUGGGUUCUUUUGUGACCUAAUCUUGGAUUAUAUAUUGACAUGCUCUUGGAGAAAUGUUGGUCGGCCUGUCACUAAUGGAAAAGUUCAUCACUGUUCAGCAUUUUCUAUAUGUGGAGAAUGAUUCUCACUGUGGUUCUUUGGAGUCCCAGAGCCUCAACAAUGUCUGAUAAAUGUCAGUGACUUUGUUUCUCAUCUGUUCAUGAAUUUCUUAAGAACGCGGCAUCAUGAGCUGCUUUUUGACACCCUUUGAGCUACUUCACGAUACCAGACAGGUUCUAUUUAGUGAUGUUUAGAUUCAACAAGCCUGACAGUAAUCAUAUGUGGGUGUGGAUGGUGAAACUGAACCCAGUUACCAAAUUAAUUUGAUCAUUUGGUAGAUUCGUAGCUAAGAGGGCAAUUUCUUUUUCACAUUGCACAAGAUGGGCUGAACAGCAUUUUUCCUCCAGUAAAUUAAAUCAUAAUUUAAAGUCUGCAUUUUUUGUUUUCUUGAGUUAUCUUACUUGAGAUGAAUUCACCGCACUAAUUAAAUUUAUUUGAUGAUCUGAAACAUUUAAGAGUGACAAAUAGGCAAAAAUAUUAGAUUUCUGUAGGGAGGCAAAUACUCCACGGCACUGUAUAGCUUCUACAGAUGAAAAAAGCUUAAUAAAACUAAAUUAUUGCCUUUUUGGGGAGGGUUUUGAGUAUCGCGCUCAAGUGCAGAUUCAGUUCAUUAGAAAUGUACUAUUUAUCAGGAGAACAGUGUAAAUUGAUGACAAGUUUAAUAUUUUAUAAUAGGAGCUUUUAACAAAAAAACUGAAGUAAUUUGGACAUUUUUGAAAUGCACAAUCUAGAAGUUUUUACUGAUAACUUCAUAAACAUCUACAGUAGUAAAUAUAGAUUUUUUUAAAAAAGAUUUCAAGAGGUUUGCCGGGGGCUGAAGCCUAACCAAGCUGAUACUGAUGAAGAGGUGGACACCCUGUCAGUGCUAACGCAAGGACCCCGACAACUAUACACGCCCACACCUAUGGCCAAUUUAAAAUCACCAGCUAACCUACCAUGUAUGUCUUUAGACUGUCUGGUAGUCAAUCAGUUUGAGUAACAUUACUUUGAACUUGAACUGAGGUCUUGCUCUGUCUAACAACGUCAAAAUACUGCACGUGCUUUAAGCUCCAGCAUUUACGACCAUGAGCUCAAUUACAACAACCCUCGACUACCUUCCACCUUUGAAAUGAAAUAUUUGUAGCAUACAGCAGCCACAUUUCAUAGAGCGUCGGGGCUCCCUGGGCCUGACGCUUGUGCUGCUCUCAGUAGGUUUGUUGUUACUCAAAAUAUGAGUUUUUUUAUUUAACAACUUUGUUCUGUUUCUGAAAAGCAAAUAGCACCGGGAAUGUGAAAGACUGACCGCCCACACAAUGAAGCCUGAGAGUAAAGCAACCUGCUAUAUAGUAGAAGUAGCCUGGCUAUACAUGUUUAUGGAGGAUACAACAUGAAUAUUCUUCGGGCUUUCAGAAGCCUUAACGAUGUAUUCAAACAGAUAAAGAACAAAUAAAUAUAUCAACAAACACGGGAAGCAGAGUAAUCUGCUUGUAUGCUGAUGGAUUAUUCAGUAUUGUUCCUUCAGUUAAUGGUUUUAAAACUCUAUGCAACUGGAAUGCUUUUUCAUCACAAUCAGCCUAGGGUUAUCACAGUAGGGUGUGUCAGUUCUGUUUCUGUGUUGUUGUCCCACCUGAAAGUUUAGCGCAAUGUGCUUUGAAUCUGAAAGUAAUAAUUACAGCAAUAACAUAAUAAGCUGUGAAUGUAGUGCUCAAGCAUAACUAUUAAAGACAAAGCUUGCUACAGACAAGCUGACGC